AUGGUCAGUGACUUCUUUUUCCCUCAACCAGGUGGAAUCGAAAGUCAUAUAUACCAAUUGUCAACCAAACUCAUCGAUCGUGGACACAAGGUUAUCAUAAUCACACAUGCAUACAAAGGGCGUACUGGGGUCCGGUACCUCACAAAUGGGCUCAAAGUCUACCAUAUACCAUUUCUUGUUAUAUACCGCGAGUCGACCAUGCCUACCGUCUUCUCCUUUUUCCCCAUCUUUCGGAAUAUCGUGAUUCGCGAACAAAUACAAAUCGUUCAUGGACAUGCCAGUAUGAGCAGCUUCUGCCAUGAAGCUAUUCUACAUGCUCGAACUAUGGGCCUGCGGACUGUUUUUACGGACCAUUCCUUGUUCGGCUUUGCGGACGCGGGAUCGAUCCUGACAAACAAACUACUCAAAUUCACAAUGAGCGAUGUUGACCACGUUAUUUGUGUCAGUCAUACUUGCAAGGAGAACACAGUCCUUCGAGCUUCGUUGGACCCACUCAUGGUCUCGGUCAUCCCCAAUGCUGUUGUUGCUGAAAACUUCCGACCCCUUUCGCAGACCACGCGCAAGGGUGAACGAGUGUUAGGAGACGCCGAGCCACGACCGCCCCCAACCCCAAUGGGACCAAACGACAUCAUCACAAUCGUCGUUAUCUCGCGACUAUUCUAUAACAAAGGAACCGAUCUUCUGAUAGCAGCUAUACCCAGAAUAUUAUCUUCUCAUCCGAAUGUACGAUUUAUAAUUGCAGGAUCUGGGCCAAAAGCUAUCGAUCUAGAGCAAAUGCUGGAACGAAACGUGUUGCAAGACAAGGUUGAACUACUGGGGUCGGUCCGACACGAGGAAGUUCGAGAUGUCAUGGUGCGGGGGCAUAUCUAUUUACAUCCCAGCUUGACAGAGGCAUUCGGUACCGUUCUAGUCGAAGCUGCUAGCUGUGGUCUCUACGUGGUGUGCACUCGUGUUGGUGGCAUUCCCGAGGUCUUACCCCAGCACAUGACGACCUUCGCCAAACCCGAAGAGGAUGACCUGGUCAUGGCGACCGGAAAGGCUAUUGCGGCCUUGCGGUCCAACAAAGUGCGCACUGAUCGUUUCCAUGAUCAAGUGAAGAUGAUGUAUUCGUGGACAGAUGUCGCUCAGCGAACAGAACGUGUAUACGAAGGCAUCUCUGGUGACAUGAGCCCAGAGGAGUUUUAUGGAUACUAUCCCGGGCAAGGCUGGGAAGCCAACGCUGAUAGGGUCCGAAGUUUUGCUUUGAUUGACCGGCUGAAGCGAUAUUACGGAUGCGGCGUUUGGGCUGGCAAACUUUUCUGCCUGUGUGCGGUCAUCGAUUUCUUACUCUACAUCUUUCUAGAGAUGUGGUUCCCUCGAGCGAACAUUGACAUCGCUCGCAGUUGGCCCAAGAAGCAAGUACAAAAUACUGAAAAAGGCCACCACCUUGUCGGCAACACGCGAACCCGCCAAGAGCUCGUCUCCUCCUGA